AUGCAGUCUAAAGGUCGAGUAUCAUUUAGCACGCUUAAAGCCAAAUUGGAAUCGUAUAGAGCCACACUUCCUACGAGUACCAAACUGGACGCUUCGACAGUGUUGACAGCUAAAGUAGAACCAAUCAAACAGGUAACGCCGAGGACACUCACAUCGAACGAACCUGACCCCGAGGAACGACCACCAACCGCAUGGGGUCGCGUCAUCCACUCUUGGCGUUUCCAGGGUUUUCUUACAUUGAUAUUGUGGAUUAUUGCGGUUCAACUAGAAUUCGGUGCGGUAUGUUUUGUCCUCGCUGCUCUCUAUUGGAUGUGGACUUGGGGCACAGAGAAGUACACACGACCACGGGAUCCCAACGAACCGGUGAUACAAGCUGCGUUUUUCUUUGAUCCGUCUCCCGUGCCACAGGUGCAUGUGCGAUGA